AUGAGAGAUCCAUCCGAAUUCCCCAUGAAAGUCUCUCUUGCCGACCGGCUCUGCCGAGUGACCUGGGGCUGGUAUUCCGUCUCGAUGGCGACCGGAGGCGUCGCCAUCCUGCUCUCUACCACCCCCCAUCAAUUCACCGGACUCGACAUCAUCGGGCGGAUCAUCUUCCUCCUCAAUCUCGUCAUUUUCGCGGCCGUCACUGGCUGCCUGCUCUUCCGGUUCGCGUCCCGGUCCGCCGCCCUGACCCAGUCCGUCCAGGAUCCCAAGGAGGGACCCUUUGUGGCCACCGGUCCGCUGGCGCUGGCCACCAUCAUCAUCGGCGCGGAGAACUACGGUACCGACGCCUGUGGGCCCUGGCUGCAGACGGCCCUGCGCGUCGUCUUCUGGAUCUACGUGGCCGGCGCGCUCGUCGAGGCCGUCGUCCAGAACUGGUACCUGUACCAUAUCCGCAUGGCCAGCCGGGAGCCCUUUGCGCUCGUGCGACUGUUCCCGUCCUUCCCCGCCAUGCUGUCCGGGACCAUCGCGUCCGAUCUCGCCCCCCAUCAGCCGCGGGACCAGGCCAUCCCGAUCCUCCUCGGCGGCACUACGCUGCAGGGGUUCGGCUUCCUCAUGUCGCUGUUCAUCUACGCCGAGUACUUUUACCGUCUGAACAAGCACGGUCUCCCCACCGGCGCGGAGCGACUGCAGAUGUUCAUCGCGGUCGGCCCCUGGAGCUUCACGGCGCUCGCGCUCAUCGGCAUGGCGCAGGCGGCCGUCCAGCAGUUCCCCGCGCGAUACAUCCUCUCCUCGGUGGAUUCGCCGCCAACGACGACGACGACGACUCCGGUCGCCGUCCCCGCGGGCGAGAUCGUGUUGAUCCUCGCCGCGUUCGUGGCCGUGUUCCUGUGGACGAUGGCGGCGUUUUGCCUGAGCAUCGCCGUGCUCAGCGUGCUGGCCCAGUGCCGCGUCUUCGGCGGCCGGGGGAUGGUGCCCAUCUCCCUGGCCUACUGGAGCAUGGUCUUCCCCAACGCCGGGUUUGUGAUCGCCACCAUCCGCCUGGGCCAAGUGCUGCAAUCGGCCGCCAUCCUCUGGGUGACCUCGGGGCUGACCAUCUGCCAGGUGACGGCCUGGCUGUGCGUGGGCAGCGCGACGGUCUGGGCGGUCGUGACCCGACGGAUGCUGUGGCCGGAGGAUGAGAUGGACGCGAAGAAGGGCGGCUGA